UUCAAGAUGAAGGGGCUUUUGGUUAUUUCUGCUCUUUUUGCGGCAGUGUUAGGCAAAACGACUUUCGAGGGACAUCAGGUCCUUCGGAUCACCGCACAAGAUGCAGCACAGAUCGCUCUCCUGAAAGAGCUCUCUGAACAGCAACAUCUUGGGCUGGACUUGUGGAUGGAGCCCGUUCACGAGUCUCUGCCUGUGGAUGUCCGUGUUCCUUUCAACAGUCUCCAGGCUGUCAGAGCUUUCCUGGCAUACAAUCACAUUCAGUAUCGUGUCAUGAUUGAGGACGUCCAGGAUUUGCUGGAUGAGGAACAACAUCAAAUGUUAAAAUCUCAUGUAAUUCCGAGAACUACAGAUGAUUUCGACUAUGCAAACUACCAUGAGUUGAGUACUAUUAACUCAUUCAUGGAUAUGCUUGUGGCAGAAAACAACAAUCUGAUCAGCAAAAUUGUGAUCGGUCAGAGCUAUGAGGGCCGCCCCCUCAACGUCCUGAAGUUCAGCACUGGAGCAAACCGUCCUGGUAUCUGGAUUGACACUGGCAUCCACGCCAGAGAAUGGAUCACCCCCGCCAGUGGAAUUUGGUUUGCCAAAAAGAUUGUGAACGACUACGGACGUGACACCGUCCUUACAGACAUCCUCAACAAAUAUGACAUCUUUUUGGAAAUCGUCACCAACCCCGAUGGCUACCAGUUCACCCACACCAAUAACCGCAUGUGGCGUAAAACUAGAAAGCCAAACCCCGGCUCCAGCUGUGUCGGAGUUGACCCCAACAGGAAUUGGGACACUGGUUUUGGAGGGCCGGGUGCGAGUGGCAAUCCUUGUGAUGAGACCUACCAUGGACCCAGUCCUAACUCUGAACCUGAGAUCAAAGCCAUUGUUGACUUUGUGAAAUCUCAUGGCAACCUGAAGACCUUUUUGUCCAUUCACAGCUAUUCCCAAAUGCUCCUCUACCCAUACGGAUACAAGUCCACUCCUGCCAAAGACCAGGCAGAACUGCAUGAGCUUGCCAGAAAGGCUACGGCUGAACUGCAGUCUUUACAUAACACUCUCUACACUUACGGCAGCAUCAUAACCACCAUCUAUCAAGCUGAUGGAGUCACCAUUGACUGGACCUACGACCAGGGAAUCAAGUACUCCUACACCUUUGAGCUGAGAGACACCGGUCGCUAUGGUUUCGUUCUGCCUGCAGAUCAGAUCAUCCCCACUGCUGAGGAGACCUGGCUUGCUCUGAUGGUUAUUAUGGAGCACACCAAAAAUAAUCCAUAUUAAAGAUACAUAGAAUUUCAUUGAUGAAUCAAAGCACAUUAAAGAGUUAAAAAUAAAAUAACAUAAAACAAUUUGAUUACUGAUGUUUUACACUACACAAUGUGUUUUGGGAAUAAUCGUCAUAUCAUAUAAAAGUUUCAAAUAGAGUGAGAAAUUGGAAGGCUGACCUUACGAAAUUUUAACAUCCAUUGUGAAAAAUAAGGCAACCAUGAUUUUAGUUUUUCUGGAUUUACUAUUUAUAAUUACAUGCUCAAGUAUAAUUUUCUUUUUUUUGUUUCAUUCUGUAAACUAGUGACAACAUUUCAUCCAAAUUCCAAAUUAAAUAUUGUUUUUUAUUUGCAGGAAAUUGAAGAGUAAACACUGGUCAAAUUAACAAAAAAGAUGUUUAAAUUCAUGUU